AUGUCGUCCAGGGCGAGCAGAGAGCUGGCCAGCUGGUGCAAGGAGUUCUGCCUGGUCACCGCGCAGCACGGCUUCAAGUACCUGGCCUUGCCCCGGCAGAGCCUGCUCGAGAGGAUCGUGUGGCUGAUGGUGCUGGUGACGGCCGGUCUCUCUGCGGGGUCCAUGAUGUGUGAGGCAUGGCAGAAGAGCCAGGCCCACCCCACGCUCACGGCCAUCGAGUCGGUCCACUUCCCCAUAUGGAACAUGGACUUCCCCGGAGUAUCGCUGUGCAGCGUCAACAAGGUGGACCGCGGAGCAGCGCUGCGCCUCGCCGGAUCUCUGAAACUUCCGUCAGGACAUUCCAGCGAGGAGGCCUACCUGGACCUCCAGCUCCUCAGUAGACUCAUCCAGCCGUCCAAGGACCACGUGGCGAACCUCACGAGACUGCAGGUGCUCCUCACCUACAACAACCUCACCACAGACUCCGUCGCUAGAAGGGUGGUCCGGCGGAGCUCGGGCCGGCUGGCCGCUGCCUGCGGCAAGGACUCGGCCAGUGGCAUGGACGAGUCUCCAUUCAGGACCAGCAGCUGUGGCCCCACCACAGGACUUGUGGUCGUCGUGGACAACAUGCUGGACGACUACUUCUCCACGCCACUCGCAUCCUAUGGCAUCAAGUCCAAGAAGGGGUUCCUGCACCAGAGCAGGAGCCAGACGCACCUGAAGGUGAAGGUUGUUGUCCAGGUGCUGGUGCACCCGCCUCGCGAGUUCCCCGGGGAGUUCACGGACGAACGCUUCCUGCCGUCCGGCAGCAAGAUGCUGAUAUCCGUGUACCCGGUGAGCACCUACUCCACGCCCAGCGUGCUCCAGCUGGACCCGGCCAGGCGGCGCUGCUACACGCGCAGCGAGGGCCUCAGUCCGGGCGGCAGGCACUACUCCUUCGCAAACUGCUUCACCGAGUGCCAGACCAACCUCAGCGUGGAGCUGUGUGGCUGCGCGCCCGUCUUCUACCCGCGACUAGGGCACUAUAAAACCUGCAAUCUUACGGACAUUCCAUGCUUGGCAGAAAAUGAGUGGCGGGCGGCCGCCACGGGCGCUCCUGGCGGCCACACGGGGCAGCUCGCCUGCGACUGCCUGCCGGAGUGCGACCAGCUCAGCUACGAGCUGGAGAGCUCCGAGUCGCGCCUCAUCGCCGGCUCUCUGGGCGCCUCGGACAGCCAUGUUUUCGUUGACGUUGCCAACGGGAUCUGCGCCACCAUAGUUGCUGACUUCAGGGUUUCCGUAGAAGAUGGUACAACGUCCAUCGAAUUCGACGUUAAAGAUGAUAAAGAUGUCAUUGAGUUUACAAGAACAGGUAAUUACGUGACUCAGACCGAACAAAUCCUGGUGCACGUGUACUUCAUCGACAUGGUGGGCACGCGCUUCAGGACCGACGUGAUCCACAGCUGGCACAACCUGCUGGCAUCGUUCGGCGGCCUGCUGGGCAUCUUCCUGGGCUUCAGCAUGCUGACGUGCUUCGAGGCGACGUACUUCUUCACGGCACGCGUGCUGUUCCGCGUGCUGCGCGCCGCCCCCGCCGCCCCCGGCCCGCCCCCGGCCUUCCACAAGCACCGCGUGGGCGCCGCCCCACCAGACAACCCGGCCCUCGUCUGA